AUGUCCUCUUUUAGGGAAGAAGAACUUAAAAAGAGAAAAACAUAUCUUCAAAUAGCAGGCACUGCCUGUUCGAAUUGUCGUAAAACUUGCAAUGAAGCAAAUGUAACUUCUCUUUUACGUUGUGCGCGUUGUCGAAUGUCACAUUAUUGUUCUAAAGAAUGUCAAAAGGCCGAUUUCCAAUUUCACAAGGUUUUCUGUCUUGCUAUCGAAGAAUUGAGCAACAAUGAACAAGCUUGGUAUUCGUGUAAUGGUUUGGAAUUAGAAUGGAAUAAGCGCAAGAUUUAUCAAAUGCAACUACUAGGCUUUAUACUUGAUAGGGAUUUAAAUAAUUACGAGAGACUUGCGUGGUUGAAUCAACCAAAAUGUCAAAUAUGUUUCAAAUGUCCAAAAGACUUGAAAACGUCACAAGCAUUAAUUCCAUGUUCAAAUUGUCAGGUGGUCUUUUGUUGUUGCCCUGAGCAUUGGAAAAAACAUCGGUCAAAACACGACGACCUGUGUGAGACAUAUCAAAUCAUGACCGAUUGUGAAAGGAUCCGAUAUUUACCCGAUCAAUCGUUAUGGGCACCAGAAGAUUAUGAUGAAAAUAAAUUAUAUCCACCGUUACCAAAAGAUUGGAAUGGAUAUUUCAAGUGGAGAAAGGCUUCAAUUAUACCUCAACGUAAUGAUUCUUUCUGUCGAGUUAUCACAAAUACUCUUUCGUUACCUCUCACGAUCCUUUCAGCUCUUUCAAGAUUUUACACGCAUGAUCAAUUACAUUCCAUCAACGAUUUGGUAAUCCAUAUUGUUGGUGCAAAUCAAUAUGAACUUUCGGCGCUUAUGACUUUCGAAGAGAUAAUGCACGUGUUACCUGAUUUAAAAGUUCUUCACCUCGUAAUGAUUGGACCGGAAAUGACUCCAAAACAUCAUGGAUUUCCGUUGCGAUGUUGCCCUCGGUGCACUACGGAAAAUAGGAUGCGCGUUAUUUCAAUGUAUCCAAUGAUUUAUCAUGAGUUCGCUAAUUCUUCCGAUUAUAGUCAACCUCACUUGGCUAUUGGAUUUAACAAAGAUUUAGGUGAAGAUGAUUUUGAACUUUGGAAGCCAACGAUCGAAUUUUUGUUGGAUAAAAAUUUGCCAUGUGCUUUCACUUCUUAUUCCAAAAAGGAAGCCAUCGAGGACGUUAGAAUUAUUAAAGAAUUGGGUGCUUUAAUCCUUGUAGGAGCCAAAGAAAAUAAAUGGAGUAGCAACAUGCCUCUUGUUGAACCUCAAGAAGUUGAUAAGUUUUAUUAUAAUAAUUUUUAUAGAACAUUGUUUCAAGGAAGAGCAAAAAAUGAGGAAUAG